CCGCCGGGCCGUCAGCCUCCCGCCCAGGGGAACACGGAGGCCAUGAUGGCCGGCUCCACCGGCCUGCUGCUGCUGCUGCUGCUGGUCCAGCCCUGGGCGGGGGCCGCCGCUGCCCAGGAGGCCGUGGUCUGCGCGGGAGCUGCCUGCUACACGGCCCACAGGAUCAAGCUGAGUGCGGACGAUGCCCAGCUCCACUGCAGCAAGAAAGGGGGCAACCUGGCCACGGUGAAGAGCGAGGAGGAGGCCCUGCACGUCCAGGGCGCCCUGGCCCAGCUCCUGCCACCGGGGGCGCCCCUGGCAGAGCGCAUGGGCAGGUUCUGGAUUGGGCUCCAGCGAGACAAGGGCAAGUGCCUGGACAGCAACCUGCCCCUGAAGGGCUUCAGCUGGGUGGGCGGCGGGGAGGACACGUCGUAUACCAACUGGCACAAGGAAGCCAAGAACUCUUGCACCUCCAAGCGCUGCGUGUCCCUGAUGCUGGACCUGUCAGUGCCGGCCCUGGCCAGCCGCCUUUCCAAGUGGACCGAGGGUCCGUGUGGGAGCUCCAGGUUUUCUGGGAGCAGCAUCGAGGGCUUUGUGUGCAAGUUCAGCUUCAAAGGCAUGUGCCGGCCGCUGACCCUGGGGGGCCCGGGCCAGGUGAAUUACACCACCCCCUUCCAGGCCACCAGCUCCUCCCUGCAGGCCGUGCCCUUCGCUUCCAUGGCCAACGUGGCCUGUGGGGACGGGGGCGAGAGCUGGCAACAUUACUUCCUGUGCAAGGAGAAGGCCCCCGACGUGUUUGACUGGGACAGCUCGGGGCCCCUCUGUGUCAGCCCCAAGUUCAGCUGCGACUUCAACAACGGAGGCUGCCAGCAGGACUGCUUCGAGGGUGGGGAAGGUUCCUUCCGCUGCGGCUGCCGGCCGGGGUUCCGGCUGCUGGACGACCUGGUCACCUGCACCCCUCGGAACCCUUGCAGCUCCAGCCCGUGUGGAGGGGGCUCCACGUGCGUCCCUGGGCCCCUCGGGAAGGACUUCACGUGCCACUGCCCCCCAGGCUACCGGCUAGACUCAACUCAGCAGGACUGCGUGGACAUGGACGAGUGCCAGGACGCUCCCUGUGCCCAGGAGUGUGUCAACACCCUCGGGGGCUUCCUCUGCGAGUGCUGGGUGGGUUACGAGCCUGGUGGCCCCGGAGAGGGGGCCUGUGUGGAUGUGGACGAGUGUGCCCCCGGGCACUCGCCCUGUGCCCAGGGCUGCACCAACACAGAUGGGUCUUUCUACUGCUCCUGCGAGGAGGGCUACGUCCUGGCCGGGGAGGACGGCACCCGGUGCGUGGAUGUGGACGAGUGUGCGGGCCCGCAGCGCAGCCUCUGUGACAGCCUGUGCUUCAACACGGAGGGGUCCUUCCGCUGUGGCUGCCUGCCAGGCUGGGAGCUCUCCCCCGAUGGGGUCUCCUGCACUGGGGGCCUCACAUCCCUAGGACCACCAUCUGGGCCUCCCCAAGGGGAGGACACAGGAGAUGGAGAGGGGAGGCUCGUGUCUUUUGCCGCAACGUCCAGUCCCACCGGGGACAACUCCGAGGGCACCUCCACGGUGGCGCCCGCCGCCAGGAGACCCUCCCUCCCAGACAGCAUCCCCAUCUCCCUUGCCCCACCUGACAUGCUGGCCCCCAGUGGGUCCCCUGGUGUCUGGAUGGAGGCCAGCACCCAUCACCCCACGGCCACCACUGGCCAUGAGGCUUCCGCAGGUGAGGAUUUCACCGCCAAGCAAAGUGACGAUGGCACGGACGGGCAGAAGCUGCUCCUGUUCUACAUCCUGGGCACUGUGGUGGCCAUCCUGUUCCUGCUGGCUCUGGCUCUGGGGCUCCUGGUCUAUCGCAAGCGCAGAGCCAAGAGGGAGGAGAAGGAGAAGAAGCCGCAGAGUGCAGCGGACAGCUACGACUGGGUCCCUGAGCGAGCCGAGAGCAGGGCAACGGAGAACCCCUACAGUCCGACGCCGGGGACAGACUGUUGA